AUGUUGGACAACAGAUGGGUUGUGCCUUAUAACCCAUACCUUCUGCGGAUGUUCAAUUGCCACAUCAACGUUGAGGUCUGCUCGAGCAUAAAGGCCGUCAAAUAUCUUUACAAGUACAUUUACAAGGGCCAUGAUAAGGCUUCUUUCAGCAUCGACCAGCCCGACGCCGAUGGUAACAUUGAUGACAUCAAGAGAUACGUUGACGCAAGGUGGAUCACCCCUCCGGAGGCUAUGUGGAGAAUAUUUGGCUUUCCACUUUGCGCCAACUACCCUCUUGUCUUGCAGUUGCCUCUUCAUCUCCCGAAUAUGCACAGGGUCGCAUUCAAUGCCCAGGCUGACUUGAAAAAUGUUGUCGCCUCGGAAAAUAUUUCAAAAUCCAUGUUAACGGAGUAUUUCAAGGCUAACCAGGAACACCCUCGGGCUAGAAAUAUAUUGUACAAGGAUUUUCCCGGAAGCUUCACGUGGCAGAAGAAAAAGAAGUUUUGGAAGCCGCGGGUCGAGCGUUUUCAGAUAGGUCGCAUCGUGUCUGCCAAUCCUGCCAAGGGGGACCGAUACUAUCUGCGUGUGUUGCUAAACCAUGUUACGGGCAAAACAUCCUUUGAUGACUUGCUCACCGUGGACGGCGUGCUAUGUGGGAGCUUUAGAGAGGCUGCUGAAAGGUUGGGACUCAUCGAGGCAGACAACACGCUCGACGGCUGUCUUACUGAGGCUGAGCAGUGGGCGAUGCCAUGUUCUCUUAGGAGGCUCUUCGCAACCAUCUUGGUGCACUGCGAGCCAGGCGACGUGCGUGGUUUAUGGGAUAGGCACCUCGAGCCUAUGUCAGAUGACUAUCGUCGAUCACGCACGUCCCCUGACGAGGUGGAGCAGAUGGUGUUGCUAGACAUUAGGGGUAUGUUGCAGUCCAUGGGUAAAGAUAUUGUUGAUUUCGCUCUUCCGAGCAUAGAUGAUGCGUUUGACCCAACCGAGGGCGAGGCAAGAGAGGUCAUCGAGGAAACAACCGUUGAGUUUGACAUGGAUGACACUAAGUUGGUAUCUUCGCUGAACUUGGAACAAAGGGUCGCAUACGACGAGAUACUAACGGCUGUUGAACGCGGUGAUGGGGGUGUAUUCUUUGUUGAUGGCCCUGGAGGUACAGGGAAGACCUUCCUAUACAGGGCGAUGCUUGCCAAGGUGAGGAGCCAAGGCAAGAUUGGUAUCGCUACCGCGACGUCGGGCGUCGCCGCUUCUAUCAUGCCUGGCGGCAGGACUGCCCACUCGAGGUUCAAGAUCCCAUUGAGUUGCGAUGAUGGAGCCUCGUGCAGCUUCACCAAGUAG